GUUCGGAUUUUUAACACGGCAUUAGACUUCUAUACUGGCAUAAAUAAUAUGUGCUCUUUUUGAUUGAAGCUGUUAUACAUUGUUCUAUGCACUUUUGACAUUUCAAAAAAUUCGUCCUGCAAAUAAAUUCAAAGAUUUGAUUAUAUAUUUUUAUGUUAAAAAUAUUAAACUUAGUUCAAUAGAGAUGGAUAUCCAAGUGACGGAAGAAAAUUUAGUGGAAAUUUAUAAACAACUGGACGAAUCUGAGCUGAAUGUUAAUAAAAAAUUGGAACAAAUGCUUCAACGAUACUGUUACAUUGAAGCUAAACUCCAGAGCAUCAAAAAAAUUUUGCCUAAUGUUGUUAUAAUUCGUUCUGAGGGCGAAACCUUUCGAGAUACCAUUGAAAAAACAAAUAGGUUAGCUGAAACCGUCAGUGCCAAAGUCCGGAAAUUAGAUCUAGCAAGGAGUCGAGUUUGUGAGUGUCAGAGUAGAGUACAUGACAUUCUCGAUCUCCAAUUAUGUUCUGAAGGUGUAGCAACAGCAUUAAAAAAUGAAGAUUACGAGCAAGGUGCUGCUCAUGUUCGACGAUAUCUAUCGAUGGACCAAGAAUUAUUAGAACGAACGGCAGAUGAUGUCUCAGAAGAUCGUGUCACUAUUGCUGGUUCAUUAGCAACUUUAAAACAAGCUGCUUUUCAACUACGUACAGUAGUAGCUAAAAAAUUUGAUGAAGCUGUAAAGCAAGAAGAUUUGGCGUCAGUAGAAAGAUUUUUCAAAAUUUUUCCUCUGUUAGGAAUGCACGACGAAGGACUGAGUAAAUUCUGUUUAUAUUUGUGUACUAAACUUCAAGAAACUGCUCAUAAAAAUCUGCGAUCAGCUGUUGAAAUUAAAAGUAAUGAUGAAAGAGCAGCAGUUGUAUAUGCUGAUACUUUAACACUGUUAUUUGAAGGCAUUGCAAGAAUAAUUGAAGUUCAUCAACCAAUUAUUGAAACGUACUAUGGUCCAGGCAAGCUAUUAAAAAGUAUAAGUAUCUUACAGGAAGAAUGCGAUCGUCAAAUCAAAAGAAUUCUUUCAGAGUUUAUGAAAAAUAGAAACAUAGGCAAAAAAGUCCAAGCAAUUAAUGAAUACAGCCGUAAACAAAAUAUAGAUAAGAUGGAUCCUAAAUCUUUAGAUUUUUUGAUAGAAGAAUUAACUCUAAUGCAUUUACGUGCCGAACUAUAUAUUAGAUUUUUGAGGCGAAGAGUUGUGAAUGAUGUAAAUGUAGCUACAGCAGAAGAAAAUCAACGUUCACAACAAAUCAAAGAAUUCGAAUCUAUGAUUAAAAAUUCUGAAUUAUCACAUGCAAUGCAAGAAAUUUUAGGAGCUUAUUUAGCAUUUGAAAGAUACUUUUUGGAAGAGAGUGUGAAUAAAGCUUUGGGAAUGGACACUUUGGAACAGCAUCAGCAAACUUCUAGCAUGGUAGAUGAUGUAUUUUAUAUUGUGAAAAAAUGUAUUAGAAGAGCAAUAUCUAGUUGGAGUGUUGAUGGAGUUUGUGCUGUGGUGAAUAUGGCUUGUGGAAUUCUUGAGGGAGAUUUUUCAAAUCGACUAAAAUCUCGACUUCGUCAAGGAUAUCCAGCAGGAUAUUUAGAUCUUGCACAAGCAUAUAAUGCUUUACAAACUAGUAUUCAACAGGGCCGUCUUCAAACUUCAGAUACAGAAUAUGCUAGAUUAAUGUUUCUAGCUUAUUUAAAUAAUACCGAUGUUAGUAUUGAGUAUGUUGAGACUCUCAGCAAAAGUUUAGUAGCAGAAAUUGAUAAUGCAUUCCCUCAAAUGCAACAGAAGGAUAGAGAUAAGAUUGAUAGUUGUUUAGCGGGAAUGAAAGGUGUUACAAGCACACUAAGAUCAGUAAUUGAUUAUGGAAUGGAACAGUUGAGGUCAAGUGCAGUAAAACCGAGGAUCACUCCUUGGGUAGAUGCAUUCCUUUCGAUUAAUCAUCAACUGAACGAAGAUGAAUUACUAAGGUACGAAACAGAUGAACCAUUUGUACAAACUUUAGUCAUGAAUCUGGAAGGUUUAUUGCAAGCUUUUAAAGAUAGUUUAACAGCAUCCAAUUACGAUGCAUUAAUUGGAAUACUUACAUCAGAAAUGACAACACGCUUAGAAAAAGUUAUGCUAAAAUCAACAUUUAAUAGGGCUGGUGGACUCAUUUUAGACAAAGAAAUCAGGUCGUUAGCAGGUUAUUUAGCUGCUGCAACUUCUUGGUCAGUACGAGACAAGUUUGCGAGACUUAUGCAAAUUGCAACAAUUUUAAGUGUAGAAAAAGUUGAAGAGUUAGCUGAUUAUUGUGGUAGUGAUGCUAUCGCGUGGCGUUUAACUCCAGCAGAAGUGCGUAAAAUUGCAGCAUUAAGGACGGAUUUACGUCCUGAUGAUAUAAAAAGACUUAAAUUGUAAAAUACAUUCUAUAGAUAUAAGUACAAAUAUUUUUAUUGACCAUUCAGUGGUCUUUAACUAAAAUAAAAACCCUUAUAUCAACA